CUCUUGCAUCCUUUCACUCUAUAUUUAAUGUCGCCGGCAGAGGCCAGCUUUCCUCGCGCUCCUUAACCCAUUUCUUCCUUUCGAGCUCGUUUUCUUUCUCUUCCUACCCGUCGCCGCCAUGAUCUUGCCGCUCACGUCGCUCGCCCUCGGAGCUAUCCUGCUCUCCUCGCCCCUCGUCGCCGCCCUCUCGCCCUCAGACAUCCCCGCCGACACUCCCGUGGCCCAACUCCUCAAGAGCGCGACCGCAAAUCUUGCCGCCGGAAAUGCUCAAGACGCGCUCGUCUACUUCGACCAGGCCGUCACGCGCGACCCGAGGAACUAUCUCACUCUUUUCAAGCGCGGCGCUGCAUAUCUCUCCUUAGGGAAGAACCAACAAGCUCAACAUGAUUUCGACAAAGUGCUGGAGCUGCAGCCGGGCUUUGAAGGCGCCCUGGUGCAGCGCGCAAAGAUAAAGAGUCGAAGUGGCAAUUGGGCUGCUGCGAGAAAGGACUAUGAAGCUGCUGGGAAGCUUGGAGGGGAGGAGAUCGCGACUUUGGAGGAGGCACAAGCCGCUGCUCUGUUAGCUGUAGAGGCCGCAGAGCGUGGAGACUGGGAGGCAUGUGUUGCACAGGCAGGUGUUGCCAUUAUAGUUGCCGGGACAGCAUCCGAUCUUCGACGACUGAGGUCAAGGUGUCGAUUCGAGCGAGGGGAGGUCAUGGAGGGCGUCAGCGACUUGCAGCACCUGCUACAAAUCAACUCCGGGAGCACCGAGCCAUACUUGAAGAUCUCGACUAUGACUUUCUACGCGUUAGGCGAAACUGAGAAGGGCCUACAAGAGAUUCGGAAGUGUUUCCAGUCGGACCCCGACUCUAAGGCUUGCAUGAAGGUCAUGAAGCGCGAGAAGGCUAUCGAGAAGCAAUUGAAGAAACUGAAACAGUUCAUGGAGAGACGACAAUUCGUUAGCGCCACAAAAUUACUAGUGCCGAGCGGAGAGGACAUUGGACUCCUUGCAGAUGUGAAGGAAGACAUUAAAUCCUACAAGGAUCAAGACAUAAUUCACAAGAGCUCUCCGGACGGACUCUACACCACGCUGGUAGAAAUGACGUGUGAAGCAUACGUGGAGUCGAACAACAACAAGAAAGCGCAGCCGUAUUGCGCAGAGGCCUUGUCAUUGAAUCCAACGUCGUUAUAUGGGCUACUCUCUCAGGCGCGAAAGCAGCUCGAUGCCGAUGACUUCGAGGGUGCCAUCCGUACACUGAACGAGGCAAAAGAACACCACCAAUCGAACGGAAAGAUCCAGGAGCAACUCCAAAAGGCUCACCUAGAACUAAAGAAGUCAAAGCAAAAGGACUACUACAAGGUUCUUGGCGUUCCACGAGAUGCAGAUGAACGAACCAUCAAGCGUGCCUGGCGUGACCACACGAAGAAGUUUCACCCCGACAAGGCUCCAGCACACGGGAUAGCCCCAGAAGAAGCGCAAACGAAGAUGGCAGCCAUUAACGAGGCCUAUGAGAUUCUGAGUGAUCCUGAGCUCAAGGCCAGGUUUGAUAACGGAGACGAUCCCAACAAUCCAGAGCAGCAGCAAGGUCACCCAUUCCAAGGCUCGCCAUUUGGCCAAGGACAAGGCGGACAGCAAUUCAUGUUCCGGCAAGGCGGCGGUGGAUUCAAAUUUCAGCAGGGCGGAUUCAACUUCCCAGGAGGGUUCUGAAGCACGUUUCUAUUCAUUUCUGGCGUUAAAAGGGAGCAUCAGCGGGAACUUGGAGGCACCCUGGCGUAAUUAUAUCCGCAUCAAAUUACUUCCAGCGAACAUGAGCACCGGUGUGUUGUCUGUAACUAGAUUCAGAUGCCUCCCCGGCAAGCAAUUGAUUUAUCCAAGCAUUCACUCUA